UCAUAUUCACACAGCAUGGAAAUGUAUUUGUGCAAACAAAAGAACCAGUUGUCUAGGCUCCCGGUUCACCCCGCCCACCGACUGCAACAAAAAGACACCAGCUCAACUCAACCCAGCAACCCUCCCAUUCCUGCAAGCACCAGAUAGUCGUAACCUGCUACAUUUUGGUUUCGGAAAGUGAGUUAAAAUGACGAUGAAACUGGCUUACUGGGAUAUUCGUGGGCUCGCCCAGCCUGCUCGCCUCCUUCUGGAGUACACUGGCACCAAGUAUGAGGACAAGUUUUACGUCUGUGGUGAAGCUCCCAACUUUGACAAGAGCUGCUGGAUUGAUGAAAAAGCCAAACUCGGGAUGGACUUUCCCAAUCUACCCUACUUGGAGGAUGGAGACAGAAAGAUAGUGCAGAGCAAUGCUAUCAUGAGAUACAUUGCUCGAAAGCACAAUUUGUGUGGAGAGACAGAGGACGAAAAGGUCCGUGUGGACAUCAUGGAGAACCAGUCUAUGGACUUCAGAAAUGGCUUUGUGAGGCUGUGCUAUGCUGACUUUGACAAUAUAAAGGCAGGGUACCUUAAGGGGCUGCCAGACGCACUGAAGAACUUCUCAGGGUUCUUGGGAGACAGGAAGUGGUUCGCUGGUGACAAGAUCACUUUUGUGGACUUCAUCAUGUACGAGCUGUUGGAUCAGCACAGGAUGUUCCAUCCUACGUGCCUGGAUGACUUCAAGAACCUCAAAGAUCUUCUAGACCGUUUUGAGGCUCUGGAGAAGAUCGCUGCCUACAUGAAAUCGGACAGAUUCAUGAAGACUCCGGUCAACAACAAGAUGGCCAAGUGGGGAAACAAGAAAGAGUGAAGCACAAUUCCGUCACACCGUAACAAUGAAAGGAACAACGUUCACAAGUGCAAUUGACAAUAACUCGUAAAUUCAGGACCAGUGGAAACAUUGUUUUUAGUACGUUAUUUUUUAAUUAGCAACUUUCAGGUCCUUUGAUCACAUCUUACAGUUUCCCAAACGAUCACAUUCCCGUUCCAAAACAUUUAAAGUUGAAUCUGAGUUGUGUAAAAACAAAUACAAUUGUGCAUUGAUAUUAAUAUAAUGAAAGCACUUUGAGUAAGCACUUAAUUUACAUUUGAAAGAGAAAUACUUUGGUGGAUUAAAAUAAAUCUUGCACUCA